AUGGUAAACACUGAAGCGAUAUUUGCCGGUGCUAAUCCGCAUAGUGGUGUCAGUGAUUUCAAUUCCUACAAGAAACAAAUUGCCUUUGGUGCGGGGCAUAACGUUGCGAUUUGGAAUCCAUUAGCUGAGAAUUCUUCCAUCAAUCCAAAAGGGAUAGAAUACACAUUGAAGGGACACACCGACGAUAUUUUAAAUGUUAAAUACUGUUCCAAAGAAGCAGAGAUCUUGGUCACCAGCUCGGCUGAUAAGACCAUUAAGGUGUGGAAACUGUUGAAUGGCGGGAAAUAUAAAUUGAUCCAAAGCAUUGAUGAGGCGCACGAUGGAUCUAUCUAUUGUCUUAGCGUGACUACCAAAAAUGAGAAAACUGUGAUGGUCAGUGGUUGCUCAUCUGGGAAGAUAACUAUCUGGGAAUUAGUUGAUACGGAAGAAGCAACUAAAUUUGUACAGGCUCACCAAUUUACUAUCAGUCCAAGCUUCUAUUCCUUGUCAUUAAGCAUUUAUGAAUUGACCAAAGGGAAAUAUAUUUUGUUGAUCGGGGGUACCAAACCACAAUUGUACGUUUAUACUUUUGAACUUCUAGCUGAUCAAAAACUUGGAAGUUUUAGCCAAAGUGCUGUAUUAUCAGGUCAUGAAAAUUGGAUCAAAUCGAUUGUCAUAAAUGAAACCGGUGACAACGAAUAUCUCAUUGCUAGUGGAUCUUUAGAUAGAUAUAUUAGACUAUGGAAAUUGUCUACAGGGGUUACUGUCACCAAAGAGCCAGAAGAGAAUAGCAAGAAAUUGUCAUUACUUAGUAACAAGAAGUACAAUUUCUCUAUUGGCGAAGGUUUCCAGUGUUCUAUAAAUUUCGAAGCGUUGAUUCUUGGACAUGAUGAUUGGAUUUCUUGUCUUAAUUGGUAUCCAAAAACCAAGGAUGAAAAAUUGCGUUUAUUAUCUACAUCAGCGGAUACUUCUACCAUGAUCUGGGAGCCAGAUGCCAUUUCUGGGGUCUGGGUGAGUACUUCCAGAUUAGGUGAAUUGAGUAUUAAAGGUGCUAGUACCGCUACUGGUGCUUCAGGCGGGUUCUGGUCUUCUAUUUGGUACGUUGAUGAAGAACUGAACAAAGAAUACAUUUUUACACAUGGUAGAACCGGUUCUUGGAGAGUCUGGUCGAAAGAUUGUGAUGCCAUCACAGAAUGGAAAUCUGAAUUAGGUAUCACUGGUCCAGCCAAAGAGGUUACAGAUGUUCAAUGGUCGGCAAACCAAGAUUUCUUGCUUUCUACUUCGUUGGACCAAACCACGAGAUUAUACGCCCAAUGGAUGUUAAACGCUGACGGAACUGUGAGAGAUGAGCACGACCAAUCUUGGAGGGAAUUUGCCAGACCUCAGAUCCACGGGUACGAUAUGAUUUGCAUUGGAGUUUUGAAUGAUAAUUUACGGUUUGUUUCUGGAGGUGAUGAAAAAGUAAUGAGAAGUUUUAGUGAACCAAAGAGUAUCAUGAAGUUAUUGAAAAAGUUUUGUGGGGUUAAUUCUAAUCUUGAUGAGAGCAGUUUACCAGAAGCCGCAUCAUUGCCUACUUUGGGGUUGUCGAAUAAGGCAGAAGCUGCUGAUGCGAACGCCAAAGGUGAAGAAGGAGAAGGAGAAGAAGGAGAAGAAGAAGACGAAGAUAAAAACAUUUCUUACGAAGUGAUGUCGAAUUUGGUUGAGCCACCUUUGGAAGAUCAUUUACAACGUCAUACAUUAUGGCCGGAAAUUGAGAAAUUGUAUGGACAUGGGUACGAAUUGACCACACUUGACGUUUCUCAUGAUGGGAAAUACAUUGUUUCCUGUUGUAAAUCCAACAACGUUCGUCAUGCGAUUUUGAGAUUGUUUGACACAAAGAACUGGUUAGAGAUUAGAGAUAAAGAUAGACCAGCUUUGGAAUUCCAUGAGUUGACCGUGAACAGAGUGAGAUUUUCGAAAGAUGAUAAAUUCAUUUUGUCUGUUAGUAGAGAUAGAAAAGUUGGUAUUUGGAAGAAAGUUGAUGAAGGAGCAAGAUAUGAACUAUGGAAACCAAUGGAAAAGGCACAUACAAGAAUUAUUUGGGAUGGGGAUUGGGCCCCGACUCCUGCUGUUGGACAGAAACCAUUGUUUGUCACUGGUUCAAGAGACAAGUCGAUCAAGAUAUGGGAAAUCGAUGAGCAAGGUAACACAGUUACUUCUGUUCAUCAAGUGAAGUUUUCUGAGCCGGUUACUGCCGUCAGUGUUUACGGGUCGUAUUUCAUUAAAGACCAUAUUUUGAUUGCUGCUGGUCUUGAAGGAGGUGCUUUAGCCAUCUACAUGUUCAAUACGGUGACACGCCAAGGUUCUAUAAUUGAGGUUGUGAGUUCUGAAGACACUCCAAGUGGCAGAAUCAAUAGACUAAGCUGGAGAUUGGAAAAAGAAGGUGAUAAAGCCGGAAAGUAUUAUUUGGCAGUGGCCAGUGCUGACAGAUCAACCCGUAUCUAUUCGAUUGAUAGACAGAAGGUAGUUGGAUAG